AUGUCUUCAAACACUGAUAACAAACCAGCAGAACUCAAAUUGUGGGGAGGUCGUUUUACUGGUGCUACUGACCCUUUGAUGGACCUCUAUAAUGCCUCUUUGCCAUACGAUAAGAAAAUGUAUGACGCUGACUUGGAAGGUACAAGAGUAUACACAAUGGGAUUGAACAAAAUUGGGUUAAUCACUGACGAUGAACUAGUCAAAAUCCAUGAAGGUUUAGAAAAAAUCAAAAAUGAGUGGGCCUCCAAUACAUUUGUUGAAAAAUUUGGCGAUGAGGAUAUCCACACAGCUAAUGAAAGAAGAUUGGGUGAGAUCAUUGGUAAAGAGAUCUCUGGUAAAGUUCAUACAGGUAGAAGUAGAAACGAUCAAGUUGCUACUGAUAUGAGAAUUUAUGUUCGUGAAUAUUUAUUAAAACUUAAAGAAUAUCUCAAGACAUUUAUUUUAACAUUAAUUAAAAGAUCUGAAAAUGAAAUUGAUGUUUUAAUGCCAGGUUAUACACAUUUACAAAAAGCUCAACCAAUUAGAUGGUCUCAUUGGAUUAGCAACUAUGCGACAUAUUUCGUUGAGGAUUUAAAAAGAUUAACCCAAAUCAUUGAAAGAUUGAAUUCUUCUCCAUUGGGUGCAGGUGCAUUGGCUGGUCAUCCAUAUGGAAUUGAUAGAGAGUUUUUAGCUGAAAAUUUAGGAUUUAAUUCUGUUAUUGGUAAUUCAUUGACAGCAGUCUCAGAUAGAGAUUUUGUUGUUGAAACCAUGUUUUGGAGUUCUUUAUUUAUGAAUCAUAUUUCAAGAUUCAGCGAGGAUUUAAUCAUCUACUCGACGGGGGAAUUUAAUUUUAUUAAAUUAUCUGAUGCAUAUUCUACUGGAUCAUCAUUGAUGCCUCAAAAGAAGAAUCCUGACUCUUUAGAAUUAUUAAGAGGUAAAUCUGGUAGAGUUUUCGGGUCAUUAGCAGGUUUCUUGAUGACUAUGAAAUCAACACCAUCUACAUAUGAUAAAGAUAUGCAAGAGGAUAAAGAACCAUUAUUUGAUUGUUUAUUAACCACGGAACAUUCAAUUUUGAUUGCUAAUGGAGUCAUUUCGACAUUAAAAGUUAAUGAAGAAAAAAUGUUUGAGGCAUUAACAAUGGAUAUGUUAGCUACUGAUUUAGCAGAUUAUUUGGUUAGAAAGGGAGUUCCAUUUAGAGAAACCCAUCAUAUUUCAGGAGAAUGUGUUCGAAAAGCUGAAGAAACAAAAAAAGAGUUGAAUACAUUAACCAUUGAGGAGUUCAAAGGAAUUGAUGGCAGAUUUGAAGAAGAUGUACUACAGGUAUUUAAUUUUGAGCAAUCAGUUGAAAAAAGAGUUAGCACUGGUGGCACUGCAAAAUCUGCUAUUUUGAAACAAUUGAAGAAUUUAAAAAAACAAUUAGAGUUAUAA